AUGGAUCCUGAAGCCUUCUCAGCCAGCUUAUUCAAAUGGGAUCCAAGAGGACCGACCGCUAACCGCCUUCUUGAAGCCGCCGCCGCCCCACCGCCGCCGCAUCCGGCCGCUAUGAUUUCUUACUCCGCCGCCCGUCCCCACCAAAGGGACCUCGGUGGUCUAGAGGAUCUCUUCCAUGCUUAUGGCAUUAGAUAUUACACGGCGGCGAAGAUAUCAGAGCUAGGGUUCACAGUAAGCACUCUAAUAGACAUGAAAGACGAAGAACUAGACGACAUGAUGAACUCUCUCUCUCAUCUUUUCCGUUAUGAACUCCUCGUCGGCGAACGUUACGGUAUCAAAGCCGCCGUCCGUGCCGAACUCCGGCGCCGUCAUCUCAUCUAUUCCUCCGAACAAAACCCAAUAUCAAUUAACUCUCUUGACGCCCUCUCUCAAGAAGGUCUUUCGGAGGAAAAGGAAGCCGCCGGAAGUGCCGGCGUUGGGUCUGCCGGGUGGGAGAUGACGGCGGUUGCCGGCGCCGGCGGAGGAGGAGGAAAGGAGGGUUUGAGGAGGAGGAGGAGAAGGAAGGGAGGGAAUUGUUGUGAUGAGGAGAGAGGAAGUGAGGGAGAAGGAGGAGGAGAUGAGAGACAAAGGGAACAUCCGUUUAUUGUUACUGAACCGGGAGAGGUGGCGCGUGGGAAGAAGAAUGGUUUGGAUUAUUUGUUUCAUCUUUAUGAACAGUGUCGGGAGUUUCUUGUUCAAGUUCAGAAUAUUGCCAAGGAAAGAGGUGAAAAAUGUCCUACUAAGGUGACGAAUCAAGUGUUUAGGUAUGCUAAAAAAGCAGGAGCAAGUUACAUAAACAAACCAAAGAUGAGACAUUACGUUCAUUGUUAUGCACUCCAUUGUCUAGACGAAGAAGCUUCCAAUGCUCUUCGCAGAGUUUUUAAGGAAAGAGGUGAGAAUGUCGGCGCAUGGAGACAAGCUUGUUACCGACCGUUGGUUAACGUCGCAGGUAGAUCUAGUAGAGAAUGGGAUAUUGACGCCGUUUUUAAUUCUCAUCCUCGUUUGUCUGUUUGGUAUGUGCCCACUAAACUCCGUCAACUCUGCCAUGCUGAACGUAGUAGUAGUUCAUCUUCUCUUUCUGCACCGCCACCGCCGUCAACUUCUCUUACCGGAGUAGGAGGAGGAGGAACCGCUAUUAUGCCGUUUUGA